GUAAAAUGAAAUUAGUAAGAUUCCUGAUGAAGCUGAGUCACGAGACUGUGACCAUCGAGCUAAAGAAUGGCACUCAAAUACACGGUACCAUAACAGGCGUGGAUGUGGCCAUGAAUACUCACCUGAAGAGUGUCCGUAUGACAAUCAAGAACAGGGAUCCUGUUCAUUUGGAGUCUUUGAGUAUACGUGGCAACAAUAUACGUUACUUCAUACUGCCGGACAGCUUGCCAUUGGAAACUUUGCUGAUAGAUGACACUCCGAAAUCGAAGACAAAGAAAAAAGACAGCGGUCGUGUGGGAAAUCGCGGCAGGGGAAGAGGCGCGCGCGGACGCGGAGGACCCAGAGGGCGCGGCCGUGGCAGAGGAGGAUCGAACAGGCGUUGAUUUUGAAAUAUCUACAUUUAAUAAGCAAACAACAAAAAGAAAAAAACCAUUUUGAAUACAAGUCUUUUAUGAAGUAACCAAACUGUAUUUAUUAAAAAAAACACAGCUGUUCAACUUGAGAGCCGUCUGAAAAAGCAA